AUGUCUGCAAUUAAUAAAAUUCUAGUCACUCGGAGCUGUGUCGGUGUAUGGGAAAUUCGUUCUGGUCGGCUUCUAUCUAAAUUGGCUGAUUCUCAUUUGGGGGCAAUAGUUACACAAGCUGAAAUUACAUCUGAUGGCAGGUACAUUGUUUCAUCAGAAACUGGGAAAUUAUUAAUUUGGAAUCGGGUAUCAGAACAAGUUUUGUACCGCGAUGAUUCACAACCCGGCAUUCAACAGCUCAAGUUUUUGGAUGGGGAUGAAAAAGUUCUAGCGAUUUCAUGUGCAAAUAUCAAUCGUAAAACCGACGACACAGAAUGUGGUGAUCUAAUUGCAACAGCUCGAAUCAGAAGCAUACCCGAUGGUGCACUACAAUGUGAAUUUGAGUAUUCAUUCAAAAUUAUACCUGGGAUUCCAUUCCGAAAUGCAAUCAUAACAUCCGAUAAUAAUCAUAUUGUUGUGGUGACCAUUGACAAAGCGAAUAAGGACUCCAUAAGCAUAUUCAACUCUUCUGGUAAUCAUAUACACAAAAUUGCUUUGCGUGGCUACAAUAUAAAGGAAGUUAUCACUAUCGUUCCACUCCCACAUAAAUCCACACAAAUUGGAAUAAUUGGUAGUGAGAAAGGUUCCAUAAUUGAUAUCAAAACCAAACGACACAUACGAUCAAUUCCAAAAUGGAAUGGAAGUUGUACACGAGAUGGAAAAUAUGCAAAAGUAGCUGAAGGCGUAUUCACUGUAAUUUGUAUGUUUACCGAAGGUGAUGAAUAUGUGCUAUAUUAUCAUAGCGGCAAAAAGACAUUGCGAGUUUUUCGAACUUCAAAUACAGAGAUGAUCGCAAAUUAUCGAAUGCAAGCUGAACUAACAGCAAUCAAAAGCACAAUUGAUGGCAAAGGAUUAGUUUUGGGAACAGUAGAUGGAUGUUUAUCUGUUUUCAGCAUCGCUGAUCCAGAGAAAGAAGAAUCCUAUAAAUUUUUGGCUGAUUUGCCAAGCCGGGAUGAACAAUGGAAGAAAAAGUUAGCAAAGAGAAAGGCACGAAUCCGAUUCAAAGCAACCAUUUCAUUGGUUCGAUUAUGUUUAAAAUUAUAUGUGAAUGGUGUACAGAAGAUUGAUAGCGAAAACGAUCUUUAAAAUAUCUAUUUAAAGUUAUUACAUGUUAUGAAAAAUAAAAAUAAUUUAUCAAG